ACGCGAGGGCGCGUUAUCUUAUUCUUUCAGGACACUGGUGGUCAUGUGACUCAGUCAAGAUGGCGUCGGGGCAACAGUGGGUGUUGGUUGAGAUGGUGCAAGCGUUUUACGAGGCACCAGCGUAUCAUUUGAUUUUAGAAGGCAUUCUUAUAUUGUGGAUUAUCAGACUGCUAUUCUCAAAAACAUAUAAACUUCAGGAGAGAUCGGACCUCACAGAAAAGGAGAAAGAAGAGUUAAUUGAGGAGUGGCAACCCGAGCCGCUAGUUCCCCCUGUAUCUAAAGACCACCCUUCCAUUAAUUAUGAUGUAGUUACAGACCCGCCAAGCCACAAAAUCAUCGUAAAUGGUAAAGAGUACAUUAACUUUGCCUCAUUUAACUUCUUGGGUCUACUCGAUAAUGAGCGUGUAAAGUCGAAGGCUUUGAUGUCACUAAAAAAAUAUGGUGUGGGAACUUGUGGACCAAGAGGAUUCUACGGGACCUUUGAUGUUCAUCUGGAGUUAGAAGAACGUUUGGCAAAGUUCAUGAGAACAGAGGAGGCCAUUAUUUAUUCAUAUGGCUUUGCCACCAUCGCCAGCGCCAUUUCUGCAUACUCCAAGAGAGGAGACAUUAUCUUUGUUGAUGAGGCGGCGUGCUUCUCCAUUCAGAAAGGCCUGCAGGCUUCACGCAGCUUCAUCAAAUACUUCAAACACAAUGAUAUGGAGGAUCUAGAGCGCCUUCUGAAGGAGCAAGAGAUUGAGGACCAGAAGAACCCACGUAAGGCCAGAGUAAUCAGACGACUCAUCGUAGUUGAGGGACUCUACAUUAACACUGCAGAUAUCUGUCCACUCCCUGAACUGAUCUAUCUCCAUUUCCAGGUGAAGAUGAAGUAUAAAUAUAAAGUACGGAUCUUUCUGGAGGAGAGCAUGUCUUUUGGAGUGCUUGGAGAACAUGGGCGAGGAGUCACAGAACAUUUUGGGGUCAACAUUGAUGAUAUUGAUCUUAUAAGUGCCAACAUGGAGAACAUGCACAGAGUAUUUCAUUCUCUCUCUCCUAAACAGUUCCCUGCAACUUUCAACUGGCUUGUCUAAUGAUAAAAAAAGGCAAUUAUAUUAAUAAAACUUCUAUCUUAUACCGUCUGCAAAUAUGCGGAUACCUCAUUUAAACAGAUGUAAUUCAUGAACCUCAUAAAACUUCAAAUCAAGCGUUUUCUUCCUG